AGGCCAGGCUUCCUGUCUCCCACACACGACCAGCCACCCUGCCUUCGUGCACAGCCUCUAUCGACGAUGAGCUGGUUCGGGAAUUCGGAGCCAGAGCCGCCUUCGGGGCCCAGUCCGAUGGAUCUCGCCAAGCAGGAGGUCGAUAUGUACUCUGACCUAUUCACAAAGAUGAGCGGGUUGUGUUUCAAGAAGUGCGUCGUCAAGAUGCACGGGGAGUCAGACCUUAACGUGGGGGAAAUGAGCUGCGUGGAUCGAUGCGUCAGCAAGUACAUGGAGGCGCAGGAAAAGGUCGGUGUGAUCCUCAAGCGAGCAGAGGAGAGCCUAGCGGCGCAGCAGGGGGGGGUGGGGGGUCCAGCGGCGGGCGGGGUGCCUGGGGUACCAGGGAGGUAGUUUCCUUGCUCUGCUGCUGCUGUGAAAGACGUAUAGCCUUGUGCCAGCGGAAAAGCCAGAGAGGACGAGGGAGUAGAUCAUUGGGUCAACGUGGGCGGGGAUCGAUCAGAGCAUGCCGCAAAUACCUUGUCACGGUACGUGUACCUCCCUGGCGCAUGCGGCGAAACCAAGCAGAAUAGAUACCGCUCAAUGGUUUUGUUGAACUGUCGCUUCACCAGGAGCUUUCUUGUGGUUGUAGCGUGCUCUGUUUACAUGCGCACGGAUGGCGUGGGGGAUCGUGUUCCUGCCAGCUGCGAAGGUGGCGCGUUUU